AUGGCUGGACGAGGUUCCGUGGUUCCCCUCGUGGCGCUUGAUGGCUGUGACUCUGCCAAGGAACCCCGGGUGAGUCCGCGUUUCCUCCGCGCCUGGCACCCCCCCACCAUCGCAGCCAGAAUGCCCACGAGGCGCUGGGUUCCAGGUACCCAGUGCAUCACCAAGUGUGAACACACGCGGCCCAAGCCGGGGGAGCUGGCCUUCAGCAAGAGCUGGUACCGUGCCAAGCACCACGCCAGCGGUGAGGAGGGGCUGCUGGCGGCCGGUGCCCUGCGGGAGCGCGAGGCCCUGUCCACCGACCCCAAGCUCAGCCUCAUGCCCUGGUUCCACGGGAAGAUCUCGGGCCAGGAGGCCGUGCAGCUGCUGCAGCCGCCGGAGGACGGGCUGUUCCUGGUGCGCGAGUCAGUGCGUCACCCCGGGGACUACGUGCUGUGUGUCAGCUUCGGCCGCGACGUCAUCCACUACCGCGUGCUGCACCGCGACGGCCACCUCACCAUCGACGAGGCCGUCUGCUUCUGCAACCUCAUGGACAUGGUGGAGCAUUACAGCAAAGAGAAGGGGGCUAUUUGCACAAAGCUUGUCACCCCAAAGCGGAAGCAGGGCACCAAAUCAGCGGAAGAGGAACUAGCCAAGGCCGGAUGGUUGUUGAACCUGCAGCACUUGACCUUGGGAGGCCAGAUCGGAGAGGGGGAGUUUGGAGCUGUCCUUCAGGGGGAGUACCUGGGGCAGAAGGUGGCUGUCAAGAACAUCAAAUGCGACGUGACGGCCCAGGCCUUCCUGGACGAGACAGCGGUCAUGACGAAGAUGCAGCACAAGAACCUGGUGCGUCUCCUGGGCGUGAUCCUGCACCAGGGACUAUACAUCGUCAUGGAGCACGUGAGCAAGGGUAACCUGGUGAAUUUUCUACGGACGCGGGGCCGGUCCCUUGUGAACACUGCCCAGCUCCUGCAGUUUUCUCUGCACGUGGCCGAGGGCAUGGGGUACCUGGAGGGCAAGAAGUUAGUGCACCGUGACCUUGCUGCGCGCAACAUCCUGGUGUCUGAGGACCUGGUGGCCAAGGUCAGCGACUUUGGCCUGGCCAAGGCUGAGCGGAAGGGGCUGGACUCCAGCCGACUGCCCGUCAAGUGGACAGCGCCUGAGGCUCUCAAGCAUGGGAAGUUCUCCAGCAAAUCCGAUGUGUGGAGUUUUGGGGUCCUGCUGUGGGAAGUCUUCUCAUAUGGCCGGGCUCCAUACCCCAAGAUGUCGCUGAAGGAGGUGUCAGAGGCUGUGGAGAAAGGCUACCGCAUGGAGCCCCCGGAGGGCUGCCCAGGACCCGUCCAUGCCCUCAUGGGCAGCUGCUGGGAGGCGGAGCCCACGAGGAGGCCUCCCUUCCGAAAGCUGGCAGAGAAGCUGGCCCGGGAGCUGCGCAGCGUGGGUGUCCCAGCCUCUGCUGGGGUGCAGGAGGCUGAUGGCACUACGUCACCCAGAGCCCAGGACCCCUGACCCCUGACCCUGGUGGGGCCAGGAGCUCCAGAGGACCAUGAGAAUGGAG